UCUCCAUUCUUCUUACGGGGUUGAGUUGUCGUGACAACCAUUGUCCAAUGAAAAUUCGCAAAUUCCUUGCGGAGGGAGGGCACAUGACAAACAGAAUUGCUAGGAUAGAAGGUCGAGUACUUCUAAGUAUUUGAGGAUCUGGGAGGUCACAGAAAUUUGGACAGCGCACGGAACUAUUUCAAGGACAAGAUCACACGUUCAGCACUCCGUCCUUGACAAGCUACUACGAACUACAUCGAACAAAUUUAAUAUGCACAACGGCAACAUGCAGACUUCGUAUCCAGGUAUGGCCACGCAGAGCGGUAUACAACAAGCCACGCAUGGCGGUAUACAACAAGCUACGCACGUACAGACCGGUAUACAACAAGCCACGCAUGUACAGAACGCUAUACAGCAAGCCACACAGAACGGUAUACAACAAGCCACACAUAACGGUAUACAACAAGCCACACAGAACGGUAUACAACAAGCCACACAGAGCGGUAUACAACAAGCCACUCGGGUACAGAGCGGUACGCAACAAACCACUCAUGUACAAAGCGGUAUACAGCAAGCCAACGGGACAGUAGCAAAGCGUUUCAAGUGCCGCUACGACCAGUGCGACUACUCUUGCGACGAUAUGCGGUACUACAAGAGUCACGUCGCCAACAAACAUAAUGGAGAGAAGAAAUUUGCUUGCAGCAUGUGUGACUAUAGAUCUGCUCGGAUAGACCACAUGGAACUACACGAACUCACUCACUCUGCGUACCGCCCGAGGCCGCACAAGUGUCCCCACUGCGACUAUGCCGCGUUUGAAAAGAGUACCUUAAAAAAACACAUCGCUAGCAAACACACAGACGACAAACCGUAUGUGUGUGAUGUGUGCGACUACAGAGCAGUUACAAUAUCUCUUCUAAAUUUACACACGAAGAUUCACACGGGUGAGAAACCGUACGCAUGUCCAGAGUGCGAGUAUAAGACUACAAAGAAGUUUGUGUUACAGUCUCACUUGCGGAUACAUACCGGGGAGAAGCCGUACGUCUGUGACGAGUGUGGGUUCAGAGCAGCGCGCAGGCCAACUUUACGAAAGCACAUCAUGACCCAUACCGGUGAGAAGCCGUUCAAAUGUGCCCACUGCGACUACAGUUGUAGACAACAGUCCGCCUUGAAGAGGCACGAAGGCGCCGUGCACACAGGCGACAAGCGGUUCCUGUGUGACCAGUGCGGCUACAGGACAUCCAACCUGUCCAACAUGGCCAAACACAAGAUGACUCACAGCGGAGAAAAACCGUUCAGAUGUGACCAUUGUGGAUACAGGUCCAACAACAUUUCCAACCUCAAAACACACAUGAAAACACAUGCUCCAGACCAGAGCUAAAAACAAAAACUGCACCUGAAAUGCCAUGCAAAUAGUUGUUAUGUUGCUGUGUUUUCAAAUGUUCGCUAGCAAUGUACAUGUAUGUGUUCUUAUGGAAAAAGUACAGAAACAAUUGAAUCUCAUUGAUUCUCAAAGUGUGGUAGAUCUUAAAAACGUACUUUCAAAUACUAACAUAAUACUUCAAGUCUUGGCCAAAAACACGUACCGAAAAGAUCGACUCAAUUCGUGUUUGCAUGAUGAUGAGGUAUUACCAUAUCUACUGAGAGU